AUGGAGACACAGACGGGUGUUUGGCUCCUGGCAGCGCUGCUGUUGGCCCUGCUGAACUCUUCUUUGGCCGAAGAUAAAUACUUUGUUGUUGGUGGUAACCUGGAGCUGAGGCCUAAACUAACAGCAGCAGCCAUCAGCAACAUCCUGUGGAAACACAACGGCAAUCUGCUGGCAGAGUGGGUGCAGGGAAAAAUUGAGCUGACCUACUACGGGUCGUUUAAUGGCCGCACAACCCUGAACACAACCACUGGACGAUUGGAAAUCAAGAACAUGGUAGAAGCUGACGCGGGGCAGUACGUAGUGGAAAUCAACAGCCAUGCCCAGAGUCCGAGCUAUGAUGUUAAAAUGAUCAAAGAAGUGCCCAAGCCUGAGGUGGUGUUGCGGCCAGUGUCAUGCAAUGGGGAUUCAGAGGAGUGCACGCUGUCCUGUGAUGGAGACACUGGAGGGGUCGAACCUGUGACCUACAGCUGGAAGGAGGGAGACGGAGACUGGAAGGAGUCGGGAAAGGACCUGAAAAUCAACAAGACUCAGACAGAUGUUGAAACAUUUUCCUGCAAGAUAAAGAACCCGGUCAGUGAGAAAGAAAGUGAACCCAAAAAUAAUCCGUUCUUCCAAAGAAAUCUUCCAGACUUUGAACUCUGGACUAAGGUUUUAGGGACUGUGAUAAGAUCCUUGACAAUCUUUGCCCUCUUUGGGACUGUUGUCGUACACUUUGGGUAUCUAAACCGAGAGACCGUCAGGAAGCUGAUCUGUCCAUGUCAGCGUGGAAAAGGUGACGAUAACGCAGCUCGAGGUGGACGAUCACCUCCACUUCCUGAUAGAGAUUAA